AUGGCACAGAAAGGAACGCGCAUAGCGCCGCUGCCUGGGGGUCGCCGGGGCGCGUCUGGAGCUGGCGCUGGACGCGGCAGCAUGCGGGCCGCCAGCCGAACGCGAGGAGCUGCACGAUCACCUAGCAGCCCCUCGCAUCCAUCAUCCCCACCAGAAGGAUUGGUGUCGGCUGGUUCUUCUCGGACUCAGCAAGCGGCACCCGCCGCUGGUGGAGUACGUCGCAUGCGUUGGACAAAAUCUAUGAACGAAAACGCAUUGCGGACGUACUAUAGGGCGAAAGGGAAAGAAACUGUGGGAAUAGCGUAUAGGGCUCGGAUGCACUGCUUUUUUGCUGAGCUGGAGCCUUCUAUCCCCGUCACAGAACAAAACCUGGCAUACCGAGUUCGGUACAUCAUGCGCUCGAAAAUAUUUGAUGAUGCCGAACUCGAACGACUACAACGUGAGGCUAUUCCAUCGUCGAAUAAAUCGGCUAUGGCUGGAGAUGCAGCUCCACAUCCGACAGACCAGCAUCCACACGUGAAAGCCGCCACGGAUCUUCCAGUUGUGGUUGAUUCGAACUACCAUGAAAUAGUCUCCCACGAAAUAGAGCAAAUGAGGAGUAUAUUGGAAGAAGCGAUUUUGGAAACGCGCAGCACCCCUCUCGAAAAUCGACCGCGACUUCCCCGCAUACCCCUAAGCAAGCGAAAUCGGGCUGUCGUGAGGGCUCUUAACCCAAUGAUGGUGACCUAUUUGGAAGCCAGCCGGGACCUUUGCGAGACGGACUCAAUUCUCUUUGGCGCCGCAGUGGCAGUUUGCCGUAUUAUUGGCGCCAAACUUUACAUGGCUGGACGCGCUACUACACAAAGUAGUGUCAUCCCACCCUGGAGAAAAAGAAUCAAGGACCGUAUCGCAAAGGCAAGGGCCCUUAUCGGCAGACUGACAAGCUUCAGGUCGGGUAAUAAUAGACCGAGGAUUGUGCGCACCGUUAGGAUGGCGUUUGCUGGGACAAAUAUCAGUUUGUCCCAGCCGGAUAUCACGCAGAAACUAACGGAGCGCAUAGACGAUCUGAAGCAAAAGAUCGCUGCUUGGGGGAUUCGACGAUUUACCGAGAGGUCAAGGCGGUUCAACCAGAAUCGUCUCUUCCAGAGUGAUCAGAAGAGGCUCUAUAAAUCAUUGGAGCGACCAAAGGUAUGUGGAGCAGGCCAAGGACCGGAUCAGGCUGACAUUAUCGCAUUCUGGCGUGGCCUGUGGUCAGAGCCCGUAAACCACAGCGAGGGCCCUUGA